AUGAAAUUCCUCGUAUUAUUCGCCCUCGUGUCGGUGGCUGUGGCCAAACCUAAGCCUGGAGGCUGGAACCCAUGGGAUAAUGGCCUGUCCUCGCUGAGCCUUGUGCACCAACCUGCGGUGACAAUCUCUCAGCCCACUUACACGGUAGCCCAGCCCGUUGUGCACGCUGCACCAGUUGUGCAGGCCGCACCAAUUGUGCAGGCCGCACCAGUUGUGCACGCCGCACCAGUUGCGGUCGCCAAGCCCGCCACGAGCUACUCCUCCUUCCAACGGAUCGUGCAUCCAGUGGCAGUAGCACAGCCAGUUGUGCACGCAGCACCAGUGUACUCGCAGCCGAUUGUGCACGCUGUGGCCCAGCCCGUGGUGCAUUCAGCCCCCCUGGUGCAGACCUACUCGCAGCCGAUCGUCCAGAAGUACCUCUCCCUCGGCUCCUACGGCCACGGCUGG